AUGGAGUUCUUACUUCGAUUUAGGGUUCCCGCUUCUCUGCUCACUCCUUGUCUUAACAACGCGAAUGGCAGCAUUGACGCUCAGCAGACACAGGAUGACGUGGAAAAGAGCAGCAGCAAGGGCGAAGAGAAGCAGGUUGUUCGAUUCAUGGCUGUUGGGCAUGUGGUGUACCUAUCGCCUUCCGUAUCCGCCGACAAGGCCAGGCUUAAAUCGGGUACGGUGAUUAAAGUGCUGGCAGUGAAAUCGAAAUCUGCGACCGGGGAAAACGCAGGGAACACCAGCGGCAGCAACGUCGCAACUGCCGCACAAGUCGCGCCUGGUGCCGGCGCCAUACACGCGAAGUUUGAAGACCUAUCGCUGGCUUCUGACGUGAACCUCCAACCUCAGAGUUCGCCCUCCCCUGCUCCUGUGUCCGUUCCUGCACCCGCCCUGCUCCCUGCGCCUGCACCUGCUGCUGCUCCUUCCUCUCCCCCUGCUCCGCCCUCUGCCGUGGGCAACGACACUAACAGCACCACUACCGCUGCCACUGCCGCAGGCACUAACAGUGGCACCAAUGGUACCAGCGGCAACAACAGCGGACCCCGCAGCAGCGGCAGCAGCAGCAGGCAGAUGGUACACGUGGAGCACGUGCCGCUGGCCCGGCCGCACAUGGUGCACUACGUGGACGUGCACCUGCCGUGGUCGCACUCCCUCCGCGCCUGCUGCCUCCCCCGCAUGCUCCGCCCCGCCCCGUCCAUCACCUUCCGCAUCUCAAGCCUCGCCUCGCUGCGCAAGCACCUGCAGCAGCCCGUGCCGCCCGCCAUGCCGCCCUUCCGCCUCCCCAACAAGCCCACGCCGCCCAUCCUCGCCUACUCCGCCACCGUCCCGCUCUCCGCCCCUCCCCGCCGCUUUCCAGGCUAUACCAGCGGCGCAGCAGCGCCGUCGGUGGCGCAGCAGUAUCGGUGGAAGGCGGACGCGGCGCCUGUGGUUGCAGCAGAGGGGAUGAUGCUCGAAUGGCUGGCAGAGCCACGUGUCGGCCUGCUACUGGACCUACAGGAGAUACGGCACCGGCUGGCAGAUAUCAUGCAGAUCAACGAACUCGCUGCGGCGCGGAGGGCAGCUAGCGCCGCACGAGGAGCCGCAGCUGCUGCUUCUCCUGCUCCUGCUGCCACCGCUGACCCGUACCCUCCGUUGCUGUGGUGGUGCUGCUGGCAGUGCAGCCGCUGUUGGACUCUCUACCGCCGCGCCGUGUCCAUCGCUGCGUUCACCGUGCUUGUCGCCAAGUUCCCCCGCUUCGUCAUGCUGUGGCGCGCGCACCUGCGCUCCCCUGAGGUGGUCUUUUCCAUGAUGGCGUUCCAGUUCGGCGCGGGGCGGCAGGCGCAGGGCGACUGCUUGGCGUCGCUGCUGCUGCAGGUGCUGGGAGUGAAGGGGAAGGAACAGCUGGAGACCGGCUUUGCUGCCCACCUGCUGCCGUUGCUGCCGGGGGGGAGGGACGCGCACGGGGAGGGGGGAGAGGAGCGGGAAAGUCGCGGCAGUGUGGGGGGACGGGGGAAGGAGUGGAGGGAGGGGUUGAGGGGGGUGGAGUGGGAGGAAUAUGUGCAGCGAGUGGGGAAGAUUGCCGCCCAGGGAGGGCUGGCAGGCGAGCAGUACCGCUGCUGCUGCUCGCAGUGCUGCCAGGGCGAGGGAGCAGAGGGGAGGGCGAGCGAAGGGGCCUUGGGAACUCAACCCGGCAGCAGCAGUGGCAUGGUGAUAUCUGGUGCGGACCCCUCGGACUUCGCCCUCAAGUGCGGCACUCUCUUCUGCCAGCCGCUGUUCGCCCGGAGUGCUGCUCUGAUCUUUUCUGACUGUGCUGGCAGCCGCCACAAGGAGAGGGUGGAGGACGCUGCUGUGGAGGAGGCAAGGAACCGGCUGGCAGCGGGGGAGGGGAGUGUGGAGGGGAGUGGAGUGCAGGAUCGAGGGAAGCAAAAAGUGGAUUCAGACGCACGAGCAACAGCUCCUGCUGCUCCUGCUGCUGCUGCUGCUGCUGCUGCUGCUGCUGCUGCUGCUGCUGCUGCUGCUGCUGCUGCUGCUGCUGGGUCUGGUUCUGCAGGCAGCUCCGGCCUUGUCCCGGUGAACAGUAACAUGGUGGUGGCACUGUUCACGUACCGAGUCACCUGCCUGCUGCGAUGGGUGCGACUCUACGGCUCCAGGGUCAACCCCGCAGAGGCCUGCACGUGCUCUGACCAGAAAAACCCAGGCCCUUCUCUUCCCCACCCGAUCCACGACCUCCCGAACCUGAUGAUCAGGUUCGGCGCCAUGCCCAAGCCUGCAGCCGCGCCAGGCCUGGAAGGUUCGGCAACAACGGUCUGGAAGGAGUUUCCAGAGGGAAACAGGGCCGCAGUGGCUAAGAUUGAGAAGGACCCCGGGGAGUUCACGGGGAUCAAGACGUUCCAGGUGGGGGCGUUUCACGGCGGCAGUGAGUUGGACAAGGAGGAGAUGCAGAAGGAGUACAACGUGAGGGAGAUUAACCUGCCCCAACCGGGUGCCUCCUCCAGUUCCACAAGCACUCUGGAGGACAACACAAGCGGUCCAUUCUUCGCCACUCUGAGCCACCGCGUGGAGGAGUUUCUGAGAAGGUUCGCGCCUGCAAGGCUGGCAAGGGAGGGCAGGAACGGCCCUCUGGCCCGCACUAUCACCUCCUGGGCUGGCCAGUUGGACCUGGAGGAUCGAACCUGGGCGGCUAUAGCUCUGGGCCCGUACUCAUUUGGCAAGAUCAAGCCGAUCCUACGGUCCACAAUCCAAGUGGAGAUCUUCAUAGAGAUGAUCGCGGGUAGCAUUUCUCCUGCGCCGGCCUGCACACGCUGCCGGCACUGCAUCCGCAGGUACGACCGCGCAGUCACUCUCUCCUCGCUCGUCGCCACCUUCGCCUACCGCCCCUCGUCCGCGCUGCUGCGCUGCAUCCUCUCGCUCUUCCCUCCGCGCUCCGCACGCUUCAGAAAGUUCCUGGGGUCUCUGGGAAUAGCGCCCGUCCCUGCGGUGGUCCCGGACUCGCUGGUGGUGGCGCUGCUGGAAGGCGUGAUGGAGGAGCAGCGCCUGCAGUUCCUCUUCUUCGGCAUUCGGCUCAUUGGAGAGGAAGGGGAGGUAGGGAACAUUCUGGAGCCGGUGGGACAGGACGGGGUGGGGCAGGAGGGUGGGUUGGGGUGGCAGGGCGUGCGGGAGGGGGAUGAGGAGUGGAGGAUGUGGGAGGAGGUGGAUAGUUGGCGGCGGGCGGCUAUUAUGGCGUGGCCUGCUGUGGAGGGGCGUGGGGAGGCGGGGGUGGAUGGUGGCGAGGGGAUGGAGGAGAGCUGUGCGGGCAUGGAGCGCGCGCUACGAGACGAGAAGGCCGUGGCGGAUGCCCGGAAGCAAGCGCUGAUUCAGACUGUCAUUGCAGCUGGUGGCGCGCGCCGGGGAGAGGGUGGGGAGGGCGAGAGGGGGAGGGCAGUGGCAUCGUACCUGGAGCCGUGGCCGGGUGGGGUGAAUCCUCUGGCGUGUUUGAGGGAGAUGCUGCUGGGGGAGACCAGCUACUGCCCCCAGGCCAAGCUGGACGCCCUUGCUGCCUCCGAUGCUGCUGCCCAUGCUGCUGGAGGUGGUUUUGCUGCUGCCCCUGUGGAAGGGGGUCGAAGUGGAGGAGGUGAGGGGCGCGGUGGCAAGGGAGGGCCACGGGGCUGUGGCUCCCCGCAGUGCAGCAAGGUGGAAGGGGCGGGGGUGCAGCUGAAGCUAUGCUCGCGGUGCGGCAAGGCUGCCUACUGCAGCAGGGAAUGCCAAAAGGCCCACUGGCCCUCGCACAAGCUCACAUGCCAGCCCAAGGCCAAGGAGGGAGGCGAGUCAUCCUAG